AAAAGACUAACUAUCAUAGGAUUCAUAGCCUUUAACACUCCAAAACCUCUUCACUCUUAGCUUGCUUGAGCAUGAAAGCUUCCACUCUACCCGUUUACCCAACCCCUCUUCCCAAAACCUCUAAUUUCUCUCUUCAUCUCCUUCCAAUGGCUUCCAUUCCCACACUCUCUUCAUCCCUACCUACACUCUCUGCUCACUCCUUAUCCCAUUCAAACCCCAACAACCACUGCACUCUCCCUCCCACAUCUCUCUUCGGCACCAGGAUCACCCUCCUACGCGCCACCUCAUCGUCUCAUUCCCUCCCCAACACCAAUUGCCGUGCAACCUCAGCCACCGUGUCGUUUAGCCUCCCCACCCCGAAACCCCUUUCGGAUACGCCCGAGAAAACCCCAAAGUGGUCGGAGAGGGCUAUAAAAUCGUAUGCAAUGGGGGAAUUGGAAGCGAGGAAGCUCAAGUAUCCAAACACGGGAACCGAGGCGCUUCUCAUGGGGAUUUUGGUUGAAGGAACAAGUAAUGCUGCAAAAUUCUUAAGAGCUAAUGGAAUUACUCUUUUGAAAGUACGUGAAGAAACAGUAGGGCUACUUGGGAAAUCCGACUUGUUUUUCUUCAGCCCUGAGCAUCCUCCUUUGACUGAACCAGCCCAGAAAGCCCUUGAUUGGGCAAUUGAGGAAAAAUUGAAGUCAGGUGAAGGAGGAGAAAUAAACGCUACACAUUUACUUCUAGGAAUAUGGUCUCAAAAAGAAUCAGCAGGUCAACAGAUCUUGGCUACUCUAGGUUUCAAUGAUGAAAAAGCCAAAGAACUUGCUAAAACAAUUGGUGGUGAUGUUUGAUUUGAGUUUCAAAAGGCAAGCUUAAGAAUUUUCUUGCAAUAAUGGUUGAUUGAUACCUGUUGAUCAUUGGGGUUGCAAGUUCCUCUAGGGAAAAUAAACUAUCCUCCCUCAAGUUUAUCAACUAGUACCUGCGUUAAUGUUAUUUCAAAUACUGAGUUGUACACCAUUUUGGAGAUGAUGUAAUUCUUAUUCCUUUUUAAUUUAUACAAGUUUUGUGGAAGUCAAUUUUUAAGCAAUGUGUGAUGGUGGAAUUGCAGUCACACACACACACACACUGCAUCAUCUCUAGUCUCUACCCUGUAACUUGUUACCCUGUAAUUUAUCCAAGUUGUAUCUGUAUCAUUUUGCUUAAAGCGAAUCUUUUUUUAUUAUGAAAUUAAUUGUAAUGGACCGUCAUAAGAUCUUAUGGUCGGUGAAAGAAAAGAUUCAUUUGUUUCA